GGGAUAUCACGUGAAAUAACUUGUCCUUUUUUGGUGUAUUCAUGGCAGUGUGAGUUGGAAAAGUGGGAAAUGAAGCUCAAUAUAGCAUACCCAGUUACUGGUUGUCAGAAGCUCAUUGAAUUUGACGAUGAGCGUAAACUACGCAUUUUCUAUGAAAAACGUAUGGGCCAGGAGGUUGAGGCUGAUGCUUUAGGUGAUGAAUGGAAGGGUUAUGUUGUACGAAUAAGUGGAGGCAAUGACAAGCAAGGGUUUCCAAUGAAACAGGGUGUGUUAACAGCUGGUCGUGUGAGACUCCUGCUGUCAAAAGGACACUCCUGCUACAGACCUCGUCGAACUGGAGAACGAAAACGCAAGUCAGUGAGGGGAUGCAUUGUAGAUUCUAAUCUCAGUGUAAUUUCCCUGGUUGUUGUUAGGAAAGGUGAGCAAGAUAUUCCUGGUCUGACUGACACAACUAUUCCUCGUCGUCUUGGCCCAAAGAGAGCCUCAAAAAUACGAAAACUGUUCAACCUUUCAAAGGAGGAUGAUGUUCGUCAAUAUGUUAUUAGGAAACCACUCCCCCAGAAGGAAGGUAAAAAACUCCGUCACAAGGCUCCUAAAAUCCAACGACUUGUAACUCCUCAAGUUCUCCAACGUAAAAGACAUAGAAUCGCGCUGAGACGUAAACGUGCCCAGAAACGUAAGGAUGAAGCUUCCGACUAUGCUCGCCUGUUGGCUCAUAGAGCUAAAGAAGCUAAGGAAAAGAAGCAGAUGGAACAGAGACGUCGUCGCUCUGCCUCUCAACGAGAGUCGUCUUCGUCUGCAGGAAAAGGAAGCACUAGCAAGUGAAUUGAAAGUCGAUAUUGUACUUGAAAUGUAGGGAAAAAAUAAAGCUUAUUUCUCUGACGUC